UUUAUUUAUGCACAUUUAGUAAAAUAUUUGUAAGUGACACAAUGAGAAUUUGUGGUUUACAUAAUAGAACAGUGACGGCUGGUGCUGGCGGCAGUGCCAGUGCAAUAGAAUCAUUUUUGCAGCCACAAUUAAGAAAACAAUUCGCCGAUGAGGUGAAACAAAAGCAAGCGAUCUCAGAUCAUUUGAUAAAUAAAAUACUCUACUCCAAACGAUUGCUGGUUGACCAUGUAGAAGCAUUGGAAUUGUGUUUACGGAACAUAAAUCAGCCCGUGGAUGCAACGGAUCAAACUGAUGCAAAAAAUGCUGGUAAUGCUAUAACCAGUGCCGAAAUCUUUACUGCAAGAAAUACUUGCAUAUUGUUAGGCACCACCAUUUUGGAACACUUCGUAACACCGAAAUGGCUACGAUUAACAUUGGUGCCAUCGCUGCUGUUGACAACCGGCUUCAGCGCUAUCUACAUGGUUAAGAAUAUAUUUAUUUUUCGUAAUAAGAUUGUCGAAAGUGAGUUGGAUAGCUUGAUACGGGCGAUUGAUGAAUUUGGCAAUUGCAUUCGGCGAAAUAUGACAUAUUUCAAUGAAAUACUCAUAAUGAAGCAGCAAGAGCUGAUCGAAUCUCGUCAAAUAGAGCGUGCUUGGGACUGUAUCACAGCGGCGAAGGAGGUCACAGAAAUAUUGUAUGAUGCAACACGCAAAUUGGAAACGCAGUAUCCACUGCCUGUACGGUUUUCACAAUUCUACUCACAAAUGGAAGAGUUGCGCGAAUGUGAAUAUUUUAAAAACAACGUCACCGAUUACAGUCCAAAACACAUUAAAGAUUUUCACAAUAUAUUUGCGUAUGUGCAAUCACAGUUCUUAUUGCGACUUGCACUUACGAUCUCAACUAAACCCUCCAUCAGUGAAUUGAAUGGUGAAUUAGUGAAAAUUGAUUGUCUUAUUCGACAACUAGUGCAGGAGGAAGAAAAUCAUUUUAAAAAUUUAGCUAUGGAGAUAAAUAAAAAGAAACAGUUAGAAUUAGAGAUGUUAAAUGUCACAAAAGCUAUACAAACCCGAAACAGUCCCAUCGCUGUACUGCAAAAUUCUUCGCUCAAAUUGAGUGCAUGCAUGGUAGCUGUUGCUGCUGAGUGUCAAGCGCUCGAUAUUACACUGCAACGACUUACCGAAACUGAAGGGGAACAAAAGGACAAUGCCAAGCAACUCAUUCAAGUAGCCAACAAUAUGAGGGGUAUUGAAAACGCUUUAUCUGUGUGCUUCGAUGAUUUUCAACGUCUAAUGUUGGUAUAUAAUAAAUUUUUGAAUAGCAAACUGGAUACUCAACAUCAGGCUCCUGUGACCGAUAAUGAAAAUAACACAACAAACAAUGAUGAAUUUCCCGAAAGUAUUCUACGUGUAGAAAUUUCACAAAAUUAUAAUGAUGAGAGUAAACGUGAUGAUUUCUAUGCAUACAUGUACGAUGAACAACAAGCACAGGCCGAGAAGGAGCAACAAGAAACUGAGGCCGCAGCUCAAACCAAAAUAGAUCAUGACAUGGAAAUUUUAAACUUUGAGAAACGAAUAACGCAAGGGAAAUUUCGGCCUGUUUUGAAGCAAUUGAAAGAUCGCAUCGAUCCAAUUAGAAGUGAAAUGCUAGAAAAAGAACGUCAGGUGUUGGCAGCUAAGGGUAUUAAUGUAGAAGAACUCUUUGGUAAAGAAAAAAAUACAAAGAAUGUAGAGAACAAAAGGAGUAUUAGCUGGGAUCAUAGUGCUGAUGGCGAUAGCGAUAGCGAAGGAUCAGCAGACUUGGAAUUUCAAAGGAGCAAUAAAGUGUUAAAGGAACGUGAUAACUUUGCGGAAAUGCGAAAUUUUUUGUCACAAAAGCAAAGUAUCAAUAUCUUCAAACUGGAUGAUACAGUACCAAUAACAACAACGGGAAAUGAAGAAAUAUUGGAAAGUGAAUGCUAAAGCGCUUGAACACUGUGCAAUUAAAAGGUGACGAUAAUAGCAAGGCAAUUAGAUAAUUAGUCUUUUAUUCUGCACAUCAUUUUGGUAAGGCGAAAAUACAAGUGCAUUUUACUUAGCAAAUAUCUACAUAUAUAAUUUAAAAGUUAUAGUUAUAUUUACACACAUUUUUCGUUUCGAGUGUAAAUACUAAUUCACAAAUGAAAAGUAAUUACAGGUUAAGAAAUUUUGACUGUCUAAAAAAUUUCAACGGAUUGAAUAGUAUGCUGCUUUAGGAGUCGUAAAUACACAUAAUAAGCGCUCUAAAGAUUAUAAUUCUGAAGUUUGUAAAUAUGAUAAAAAAGUAGAUAUGCAGUUGGAUGAUAAAUAUAUAUAUAUAUAUAUAUAUACGAUAAUCAGCUUUUUAGCAAAAUUUUACAGGCGGUGUUUGGUUUUACAUAAUACAUAUUAAAAACAAAUAUGGUAGAUAUGUAUGUAUUGAAAGCUUCAAACGAGCUUUUCCAAAUGUAUGAUAUAAAGCUAUUGGAAACCUUUAAUUUACUAUUUACUCGGCCACUUUGCCACCCUUUUCUGCCCAGUGCGCUUUUAUCUGUGAAUUGAUAAGCUUAGCCUCAAGCUUCAUACUUUUAUUGCUUCUUGUUUA